GUCAUUUGUUCCAACGCAAUCACAGCCAUACACUAAAGCGCAGCUCGCGCUUUCUGUUCCGUCCCGUUAUUUUUUCCUCCAUACCGGAAGUUUAAGCGUCCGCUGUUGAUAUCUAUUCAUGGCAACGGACCAUGAAUUAAGCGAGCUUUAGUCAUUGGCCGUAUCAAGAAAACGCUGCUCGGUGUGCAGCGUGUCCUGAGUGAGGAGCGCUCGCUGCGAUGGUGCUGGAUCUGAGUGAGAACUGUGUGGAGAGGGCUAAUGGGGAGGACAUGGAGGCCACUCGGGAAGAUUUUGAAGAAGCAGAUCCCAAAAUAGAGAAACCCAACCCUGUCCCUGUAAGAGCAAGAAUCAACACUAUCAACCAAAGGGACAGGCUGCAUCACAACGGGCCCUGUAGCCCUUCAGUAGAUCAGAGGGUUAAGGGAGCGGAAGGUGGAAAUAGUGGAAAAGCUGAGAAACUGGACGUAUCUGUGAAGAGGACAGAACUUCGAAGGCCAGUCAGCCUGGAGAUCAAACCGCAGCGUGUUAAGACAAAUAAUCAGUGUGAAAAGAAAGUGGUGCAGCCUCCAUGGCGUUACGGUGCUCCUUCUCCACCCAUGCGAAGCCUCACAAGCCCCAGUUUGGGACCAGGAGGCUGGAUGCGGCGUAGUGAAAGUACUUGUACUGUAAACUCCACGGCGCAACCCAGAGCCAGCAGAGGGCGAAUGCGGCCAGCUACAUCCCUGCCACAUAUUGCCCGGGGGCUUGUGGCUGCACCCAUACCCACACCUUCUACACCACGUGGGCCCUGUUUACUCGUGGCUCUGAGGCCUAUAAAUCUCGAACAGGAGCGUCAGAAUUUUUUCCAGUCAGAUUAUAAGUACGAGCCCCAGUUUGAGUACACAUCGCCGGAACCUGUUAGUGUCCUGGAGAAGUAUAAAGAAGGAUCUGGACUCUUUCUUUCCCAGGCAGUUAAUAUCAUGGAGUGCGUCCUGAAGAAGUUUGGUACCUAUGAGAAUUUUGAAGAAAUCACCGGAGGAAGCGUGCUGCCCAAGAGUCGAGUGUGGGCCACAGUGCGCAAGUACUUACAGAAAGAGGGAUGUGUGGGUGAGGUGGUGGUGUCUCUGUCUGAUGAGCUCCUGUCUCAGGCUGUCAUGAUGGUGGAGAGCUGCAGGCCGACCUUAACCAUAAACCUGUCCGGAGCACGGCAGCACUGGCUGGAAGGGAUGCUGAGACAUGAGAUUGGUACUCAUUACUUACGCGGCGUGAAUAACAGCAUGCAGCCGUGGGCCACUGCCACCGGAAGGAAGCAGUUUGGAUUGAAGCCAGCCAAUCCGACAGAGGAGGGACUGGCCAGCAUUCACAGUGUGCUGUUGCGGAAGCAGCCCUUUUUGUGGCGAGCUGCUCUUCUCUACUACACUGUGUACCAUGCAGCCAACAUGAGCUUCAGCCAACUGUUCAGUUAUAUCGCUCGCUUCGUCCAGGACCCUGCGGUACGCUGGGAGUACUGUCUCCGUGCCAAACGGGGACAAACAGACACCUCAAAACCAGGCUGUUUCAGUAAAGAUCAAGUCUACCUGGACGGAAUCCUAAAGAUUUUACGCCACAGGAGAAACAUCGAUUUCAGGAUGUUAGCCUCGCUGGGCAAGGUUUCCUAUGAAGAUGUGGAAAGGCUUCGUCAUCUUGCGGUCCUGCAGAGAACCAGGAUCCCUCACUUCAUGCAAGACCAAGACCGUUACCUGCAACAGCUGGAUCACAUCGUUGUGACGAACGAACUGAACGAUGCUGAGUUACAAGAGCUCAUACCAUGAUGAGGAUGAGGGUUUGGUUAUACAGGACAUUUUUUUCUGUAUCAAGUUUGAUUAAUUGGUCAUUUCCAAAGGCUACCCCACUUUAAAAAAAACAAGGUUCGACAGCCUGGAUUACAUCACCAUCUGUGAAAAUUCACAUCGAGUGAUUUACUGAUCACUUAAUCAUACUCAUUGUUUUAGUGUCAAUAUUUUUUUCUUUAAAGUGCCAACACUUGAACUGAGUUUACAGUUUGCAGAGAUUCUCGCUUAUACAUCUCUAAACCGAUAAAAUAUCAAACAUCUGGAACCUCUGAAACCUGACAUCAAUGCUGUAGCCUAAUCAUCGGAAGUGAAUGAAAGCUCAAGGGUUUUUCAUAAUUUUGUUUUAAUUAAGUUCAAUGAAACGACGUACACAAGCACCCGAGUAGCGAUUUGCAGAUUUAAAAAAAAAAAAAAAAAGACACUUCCCUUACCUCAUGUUCUGCUAUGAAGCACUGCAUUUUACUGUUAGUCCUGUGAUGCUGUUUUAGUCACUGCUAGAGCUUUUUAAACCACUGUCAGUAUUUAUGCAAGUAUUUAUUCCUUUUUUUUUUUACCUCAUUUAUUCAUAAUGAAAACUGAAUGUUUGUGAUUUUAACCAAGUAAUUCUAUUAUAAACAGGGAUGCAUCGAUAAACAUAUUUUUUUUUUUUGGACUCGCUGGUUGAUACUGAUACGGAUACAGAUACCAAAAGGAGUCACCGCGAGUGCUUUGUGUUAUGUAAUUAAAUUAGUCAAACGUAUCUCUGUUAAUGUUGGUUGCUACUGUCAUGCUGAGUUUGGUUAUGAACAUCUAAUUGUUUUUAUUAGAGGGAGGGUGCAUGCUUCGUGCGCUGAGAGCCGUAGUAGCGAGCCUGGCCAUCAGAGAUGAGUUCAAGGUGCCGUGAAUUGUGCCUCGACCCUGGCGAAAGAGCUUGUUGAACUGAAGUGUGAAUUCACGUGCACACAUUUUCACUGCUCCAUGCUCGCAAAUACUUUUGUGUGUGCAUAAUUCAUGGCUCCUUGACCUCAUUUUAUCGACCACGCUCGCUGCUCUGUGCACUCAGAUUGCCCGAACUUACGCUUUCUAAUAGGAUGCUGUUUAGGUGCUGCAAGUUUUAUCAGGUUAGAAGAAGAUGCUUCUCUUGUUGUUUCACAGAGCACAGUUUGCAGUCUGCUUUUCUUUAAUUGCUUUCAUUAAUCAUGAAACACAUCCUGAUCGCUGUCAUUUUUUAACAUCUGCUACAUCGUUAGCAUGACUAAUGUACACUGCUCUGUACAUCACAUUGUAGCACACAGUAUCGGAUAUUGACUUUUUUUUUUUACCAGCAAAUGAGCACGUUAUUGACCGAUAGUCGAUUUAAUAUCAGUAUCGAUGCAUCCCUAGUUAUCAUACACCUUACACAGUAUUGCAAAAAUAAGGUACCAAUGAUAUCAUUUGAUGAAAGCAUCAAAUGAUAUCAAGUGGGCACGUGCAUUAAAAACAGUGCAGUUAACUUGAGUUUUAUAUCAAGACAAAAAACUGGCAUUAAUUAUGAAUAAAUAUGGAAAAACCACUGUAUUUUAAGUCCAUUGAGACUCGUGCGCACGUGUAGGUCGAUACGACUCCAGCAUCCGUCUCUUAAUCCUGUCCACGAGUCGGCUAACCUGCAGCUCCAUCACUGCCGUACAUUCACACAAAGGCAUGUGACGGACUCAGGACGAGAGGCAGCAAAGUGAUGUGGAUGUGCCUUCGAUGGGUUCUGAACUCAUCUGUAGUGAUCGUGUGUUUGUAAAAAAGUUCGAAAUCAUGUUCAAGUUCAAACUCUGUAGUACUCGUCAUCUUCUGUAUUGCAUGAAUAUUGCACAUUUCAUGAUCAUUAAAUAAUCUGCGAUUUUCAGAUUAUUUAUUAAAAUGCUACACUUAA